CUUAUCAACUGAUAAACAAACUCAAGAUAGCCGAAAUAUUUACAAAGCCGUUUAAUAAUUAAUUGCAGUUGUUCGUAGACUUAACCGCGGAAAUUUAAUUAAACGUUUGUUUACAAAUCAGGUUUUCCAAAUUAUUUCAAUAAUAUACAAUACAAUAUAACACCUACUGUACACAAAUAUCUGAAAAAUGGCUCUAGCUAGUAUGCAAAGAAAAACCAAUGUAAGAUUACCUCCGGAGAUAAACCGAGUGUUAUACAUAAGAAAUUUACCUUAUAAAAUAACAGCUGAAGAAAUGUACGAUAUCUUUGGAAAAUACGGAGCUAUUCGCCAGAUUAGAGUUGGAAAUACCCCAGAUACAAGAGGAACAGCUUUUGUUGUGUAUGAAGAUAUAUUUGACGCAAAAAACGCUUGUGAUCACUUAUCAGGAUUCAACGUUUGUAAUCGAUACUUGGUCGUGUUAUAUUAUCAGUCAACGAAAGCUUUUAAAAAAUUGGAUACGGACAAGAAAAAAGCAGAGUUGGAAAAAGUAAAAAUGAAGUACGGCCUAAAUGAAGAAGAUUAAAAUUAGUUUGUAUAUUUUUGUGAUUAAAUUAUAACCGAUUUUUUUUCUACGCGUAAAUACUGCAUUUCAUACUUAAGUUUGUAUUAGUUUUUUUAAAACUAUCUCCUAUUUUAUCAUUUGUACCUACCUAAAUAAGUGUGAAUAUUGCAAAUAUGAGAAAAUAUAUACAUU